ACAUUUAUUGUGGAUCAUAUUGGUGUCGUGGCCAUAUUGGAGCUACCAAACGUCGAUGAUGUGAACAACACCAUCCCUGGUGCUGAGGCAUUCGACCAUGCCGUCUUUCCAGAGAGUGCAAUGCAGGCCAAGGACCCGAACAAGGCCGGUGUUUCAUGGACGAAAGCGUCUGAUCCUACCAUCAACAGAUACGAAUACUGCCUUGGUACCUCCAAUGAGACUCUAGACGAUGUCUUCCCAUGUACCUGGGUCGGCUACAAUUCCUCUGGUGUGGUGGAGAUAAAAAGUGGCGCCCUCUAUCUUGAUGGAGUGGCGAUCGCGAACCUGUCAUCAUACGUCGUUCCAAACUCUGAUACAAAUCUGACAGCAGUCGCUGCGUCUGGCGAGUCUGGCUUUGCGAUGGAGCCGGGACGAACCUUAUUCACUACGAUGCGCAUUUGUAACGAGGCUGAGGUCUGCAUCUAUAAGUUUGUCAGUACGGUGACCGUGACUGAUGAUGGCGCCCAGUUGGAGACGUCGACUUCUGGUGAGGCCAUCACGGCAUCUCUAUCAUCUUCCAAGAAGAGGAAGAAACGGUCAUCAUCGAGGUCUGUUUCGAUAACAACACCCUCAGGAAUGGCGCCCGGACAGUCGAUCAUCCUCGGCGCCCUCAGUGAUGCAGAUCUUGCUGGGAACUUCUCGUCCGGUGGCUCAGUUGACUUCUCACCGUUUGUUGUCAACCCCAAUGAUACCACGGAUAUGACAGCACGGUUGCUUCAGGAUCGGUAA